AUGGACGGAAGCAGAGUGUCGGACUUUAGCAUCGAACGCAUCCUUUCUCCACAUCUGGGCCGAAAACUGCUGGACCCAACACAGGACGGAUACAUGCGUUUGGUACCGGGCGGGUUCAGGCUGGAAUCAACCAGCUCAUGGGUCCCUGCGCCGGUUCCUGUGCCGUUCCGGGUGCCGGGCUGUCUGCAGUACCGGGGAAUGUGCUUCGGCGAAGGGUUCUGUUCGUGCACCGCCAGGUUCCACCACGCAGAGAUCAGGUUCUGCACACAUUUCGGUCCAAACCCUUCAGAAAGUUUUAAAACAUCACAAAGCGGGGGUCCGAUCCAGUGCAGAGCGAAGGCCCGGAUGAGGACGGUGUUCACAGACUGUCAGACCAAACAGCUGGAGGCGCUGUUCGAGCUCACUGACUACCCAGGGAUGGAAUUACGGGCCGAGCUGGCCCAGAACACCGGGCUGAGCGAGGAGACGGUUCGGGUUUGGUUCAAGAACCGCCGGGCCCGGAGAAAGAGGCAUCACAGUGGGCCAAAGGUCAAAUUACCGUCACCAUGCAAGAAAAAGAACUCUGAGACAGAGGGUGGAUCAACCUGCUGCUGCUCAGUGGCACGUCAGCAGGACAGGUUCAAAGUCUGGGAUUCUUCAGCAUGA